UCUCCCAUCUCCCAUCUCACAUAUAGUUCGUCUAUUCCAUUUUGUUUUUAUGCGUUCGAUGAUAUGUACUUACGUAGUUGACGUGGUGUGAUUUUUCUGUUCCGCUUUCUCUACGUUUCUUCAUCCGUAACAGUGACAAUAGUAGAUGACUUGUUAAAAUUUUUCAAAACGCGUAACGUUGCGUUUCGAUAAAACAUGAACACAAAUAACAGCGAACCGACCGAAUACGAGCCUUCCAUUAGAAACGUAAUCGAACAACAAUCUUUACGAUGGAUAUUCGUCGGCGGUAAAGGUGGAGUUGGUAAAACGACAUGCUGUUGUUCGUUAGCUGUGCAAUUGUCGAAAGUGAGAGAAAAUGUACUCAUCAUUUCGACGGAUCCCGCGCAUAAUAUCUCCGAUGCCUUCGAUCAGAAAUUUAGCAGAAUUCCGACGAAAGUGAAAGGUUUUGAUAAUUUAUUCGCUAUGGAAAUAGAUCCAAAUGUUGGCAUCACCGAACUGCCCGAGGAAUAUUUCGAAAGCGAAGCAGUUUCAGGUAGAGAAGCAAUGAGAUUGAGUAGGACUGUAACGCAAGAAAUUGUGGGUACUUUUCCUGGUAUCGACGAGGCGAUGAGUUACGUAGAAGUUAUGAAGCUUGUUAAAGGAAUGAAUUUUUCGGUUGUUGUCUUCGAUACUGCACCUACCGGGCAUACAUUAAGGCUACUAUCGUUUCCACAAAUUGUAGAAAAGAGCCUGGGGAAACUAAUGCGUUUAAAGACAAAGAUCAGUCCUUUCAUCACACAGGUAGAAUAUAGAAUAAGCUCUUUGUUGGGUGUGACAGAUUUCAAUGUAGAUACAUUUUCUACUAAAAUAGAGGAUAUGCUCGUGGUGAUGCGGCAAGUAAACGAACAAUUCAAAAACCCUGAUCAAACAACGUUUGUUUGCGUAUGCAUAGCAGAAUUUUUGUCGCUUUAUGAAACCGAGAGGCUUGUACAGGAAUUGACAAAAUGUGGUAUCGACACUCACAACAUCAUAUUAAACCAGCUAAUAUAUUUGAAGGAAGAUUCACCUUGCAAACUUUGUCUCGCAAGGCAUAAACUACAAAAUAAAUACUUAGAACAGAUAGUGGAUUUGUACGAAGAUUUCCAUGUGACACGACUUCCUUUGUUAGAAACAGAAGUUCGUGGAGUCCAACAAAUCAAAGAGUUCUCUGAAAAUCUUGUUAAACCAUACAAACCUUAAUGUUUAUUUAAUUAAUGUUUAAUAAGAAUAUAUAAACUUUACAUGUAAUCAAAAGCUUUUGUAAACUAAACAAAAAAUCCUGUACUCUGUGAAAUUUGUAUAAAAGCAUACCUUACUUGCAGAUGCGACUACAGGAGGAGGCAAUGAAUUUGAAAAUAAAUAUGGCCUGCUGCGUUGCCUUAACAAAUUAACCAGUUCCUUGUUACUGGUCGUGUAACCACCUGCUGCCCCGCCAAGAGCUUUACCUAAUGUCGAAUUAAUUAUAUCGAUGCUUCCCGACAGACCGAAAUAAUCUUCUAUUCCUCUGCAAUAGAAUAAUUUCAUCGAUAUAAAAAAAAAAGAAGCAUUACUGUAAACUGAUAUAUCACAUAUUGUAUUUAUUUAUUUUUUCUAUGUUAUCGAAAAAUGUUCUAUAAUUUAUAGUCCCUAAACAUUUUUUAAUUCUACAAUUUCUUUGAAUCGUAACCCGUAAGCAAUAAACACAGUUCUUACGCUAAUGCUAUUGUUAAUGUAUUCGAAGAUGUAACACAUGGAUCAGAAUAGAUUUACAAAACUCUUGAUGACUACUAGGAACAAUCUUGUAAUAAUACAUCAGUCUCGAAUAUGUUUAAACGUUGUAAUU